GCCUUGUCUCGGCACCGUACUUUCUCCGGUUCCCGGCGCGAAGCUGUGAGUGAGCGCAAGUGCAGCUUGUCUGAGCUCCAGUCGCUCGUUCAACGCCUUGAUUCGGUUCCCCGCAGUCCAUGUGGUGACGGAAGCGCAAGAUUAAUCCGAACUUUGCUAAACCAGAGCGCUUCAAAGUGCUGGUACAAUUUAUCCCUAAGCGUCAGGACGCCACGUCAAGCAGGAGCGCCGUUGGUAAAGAGGGGUUCCGAUCCUGACAACAUAUCGCUGGCAACAUGUUGCCAUUAGGUCUAUUGACGGCCGCUCAGGGCCACCCGAUGCUGGUCGAGCUGAAGAAUGGAGAGACCCUGAACGGACAUCUGGUCCAGUGUGAUAACUGGAUGAAUCUGACACUCAAAGAAGUCGUCCAGACCAGUCCGGAAGGAGACCGCUUCUUCAGAUUGCCGGAAGUCUACGUCAGAGGUAACAACAUCAAAUACCUACGAGUUCCCGAGGAGAUCAUAGACCUAGUCAGGGAGCAGCAGCAGAACCAACCCUCAAAUCGCGGUCGCGGUGGCCCACAACGUGGUGAAGGCCGAGAACGGGGUCGCGGCGGUGGCCGUGGCGGACGAGGUCGUGGUCGGGGAAGAGGUGGCAGCUAGAGGAUUUCAUUUAGAGUGGAGAGGAUGGAAUUAUACCCCGUUGGAGGUGGCACGGACGAAAUGACAUGAAGCUUGUGGUUUGGCGGGUUAGUCCAGCAUGGCUUUGGCGUAAUGGCUCUGUACUGUAACCGGUCUUGACAGCAACAGCUCAAAUGUUGUAAUCAAUUGAUAACGACGACAAUAAAUAC